AGUUUUCGUCCAUGUAUACAGCUAUUAACGGUGGAAAAUUGCAGCGGGUAUUUUUAUAUUCGGAUCAUUACAUUUAUCUCGUUAAAUAUAUUCACUCAUAUUUAAUUCAAUAAACUUCACUAUUAUGUUGUAAGUUGUUUACAAUGCGGCACGACAAAUUGCCAUUAGUCGUGAAGGGAAAACAAAAAGAUCGUUGCAAGGGUAUCCACUUAGGAACGCGGGGCACAACCUUCACCUACCUACUCCGCGUUCAGAAUUAGAAAUACUGUUGGGUGAACAAUGGAAGUUGAAUAUCGAGAAGGAAUUCUCCAUAUUAAUUUUGAAAUACAAGAAGAAGAUAUUGAAAAUGGAGCGCUAGAAAUUUUAAAAGUUAUAAGGCCAGACUGGGAGAAAAACUAUAUAACAUUGAAGCUGUUGACAGAUGGGAUAACCAAUAAGCUGGUCGGAUGUAAACCUGAAGGCGCAGAAGACGAGGAAACGGUACUAGUAAGAAUAUAUGGAAGAAAAACAGAUUUGAUUAUAGACAGGAAAGCAGAAAAGAGAAACAUGAUUCUGUUGAACAAAGCUGGAAUCGCUCCAAACCUGUAUGCUUCAUUUACAAAUGGAUUAACCUACCGAUUCUUACCUGGCAUUACAUUAAAUAACAAAUCAGUAAGAGAUCCAGUUAUCAGCAAACUAGUCGCGAGACAUAUGGCUGUAUUCCAUAAAAUUAAACCGAGUGAAGAUAAUAGAGAUACCUUCAUAUGGGACAAAAUUACAAAAUUCAUAGAAUUGGUACCGGACGUUUUCUCUGAUUCGGACAAAAAUGAAAGGUACAUAAAAAAUGUCCCCCACAAAUCCAUAAUUGAGCAAGAAGUAUACAAAAUGAGACAAAUAGUAGAAAAUUUAGGAAGUCCGAUUGUUUUCUGUCAUAAUGACCUUUUAUUAGGAAACGUCAUUUAUAAUGAACAAGAAAACAAGGUUACAUUUAUAGAUUACGAAUAUGCAGCACCCAAUUACCAGUCGUUCGAUAUUGCUAACCAUUUUGCAGAAUUUGUAGGAUUAGAUAAAUUUGACUAUUCAUUAUACCCUGACAAAAAAUUCCAAACAAGCUGGAUACGUACAUAUUUAACAGAAUUAGAAGGAAGGGAACCAACAGACGAACAAAUAGAAACAAUAUAUGUUCAAGUAACUAAAACAGUGUUACUGACACAUAUAUUUUGGGGCAUAUGGUCAUUAGUACAAGCGGAACACUCAACUAUAGAUUUUGACUACAUGGGAUACGCUGCUGUACGUUUUAACGAGUACUUCACAAAAAAAGAUAAGUUUUUGAAUCUCGAAGCAUCUAGCUGAUUACUUUAUAUCCUAAGAUGUUCUUUGAAGAAGCCAUUUGCGUCCAGACCCAGAAAACUUUAUUUAGAAGAUAAUCAAGCAGCUAAAGACAUAUUCUAAGUGAAAUGAUUAGUUAAUAGAAAUCGAUUGUUUUAUCUUGUUGAUUUACUCAAAUAGUGUAUUAUAUUGAAGAAAAUAUGUUGUAUAUUGUAAUAAAAUCAAUUUUAAUAAUA